AUGGACAAAGGGAAUUCCACAGCUGUGAUUGAGUUUAUACUGAUUGGACUUUCUCAGUACCCAGGCCUCCAGAUGUUUCUUUAUGUGAUUUGCCUAGUGAUGUACCUGGUAAUCCUUCUGGGAAACAGCUUCCUUAUUAUCAUUAGCAUUCUGGAUUCCCGCCUUCAUACCCCUAUGUAUUUUUUCCUUGGGAACCUCUCCUUCCUGGAUAUCUGCUAUACAUCUGCCUCUAUUCCCCAAAUUCUGAUUAAUUUUAUGAGUGAGAGAAAAUCCAUUUCCUUCACUAGAUGUGCACUUCAGAUGUUUGUGUCCCUUGGAUUGGGGUCCACAGAGUGUCUGCUGCUGGCAGUGAUGGCCUAUGACAGGUACAUCGCCAUCUGCAAUCCCCUGAGAUACACCAUCAUCAUGAAUAAAGAACUCUAUGUGCAAAUGGCUUCUUGGACUUGGAUUAUAGGGUGUCUGAACUCCCUGGUACAAACUACACUUGCUAUGAUGAUGCCAUUCUGUGGGAAUAUCAUUGACCACAUAACCUGUGAGAUCCUGGCCCUUCUUAAACUUAUUUGUGUAGACAUUUCCCUCAAUGUGUUUAUCAUGACAAUUGCAAGUAUUGUUUUCUUAAUCACACCUCUGCUAUUCAUUUUCUUCUCAUAUGUUUUCAUCCUCUCUACUAUCCUGAGGAUGAACUCACGUGAGGGGAGGAAAAAAGCCUUUUCUACCUGCUCAGCCCACCUGACAGUGGUGAUCUUGUUCUAUGGAUCUGCUCUUUUCAUGUACAUGAAGCCCAAGUCCAAGGAAUCCAAGACUUCUGAUGAUAUCAUUUCACUGUCCUAUGGAGUGAUUACCCCAAUGCUGAACCCCAUCAUCUACAGCCUGAGGAACAAGGAGAUAAAAGGAGCUGUGGAGAAGAUUCUAUUGAGAAAUCUAUUCUUAAGAAAAAUAUGA